CCCUGAAAUACAAUUCAAACAUUAACAAUGAUUGUACACAUAUGCAUAAAUGUGCACUGAAAACGCAAUUUUUAUGUACAGUGCUAUACAAUACACAAGGACACAAAGAUGAGUCACGGCGACAAGGAGAUGGGGAACCAGAAGACCGAAGUGGACCAGGAGCUACCAAGGACAAUGGUGGAUCCAGAGGGAAGGAGGCCAGUGCUCUGGUCUGGAGUCUGAGUCUGGAGGUGGAGAUGGGGGAUCCUCAUACCAAGAGGGAGCUGGGGACUGGAAAUCUGAGGAGAUCUUAAUGUCACAUGAUGUAGCAGCAGCUCACCCUUAUUGGUGGGAGUUUGGACAGGGUUUCAAUCCAUUCCCUUGAUCUCCACUCAUCUUUGCUGGCUCACACACCUGGUCAGACGUAAUGUCGGUCUCUGGCCCUGAGUGGACUCUGGCGUUCACUCCCUGCAGCAGGCUGAUGGCUGGCUGGGCUCUGGAUCAGGAGUGGGACUGGUGAUAUCAUCCACAGAACUCAACAGACCUGGGAGUAUAUACAGUAUAAUGAGGCUAAUUAAUGAGAGACAGCUGUAAAUCAAAGGGAUACUAUGGAAACUAUUAUAUUAAUUAAAUCAGUUUGUUUUGUUUGGUUCAGACAACUUCAAGUAACUGACCACAAGAGAACAGAAACUGAAAGAAAUGCAACCAAAAGUCUGUCAACAUGACAGCAGUGUGAUAAGAGGAAAUUAAUCAGUGAAUCAAAUAUUCUCACUCACUAAUGACUUUUGCAACAUAUAUAGCUGGACAAACACCAUUUCCUGAGUUCAGUGCUGUGCUGAUGUUGGAUGAUGUGCAAAUAGCAUAUUAUGACUCAAACACAUGGAAACUUGUCUAUCACUCUCACAGAGAAUCAAAAUACUAUGACGAAGAGCAAAGCGAUGCUAAAACUAUAUUUCGUGCUUUAUAUAAUUACCUGCAAGGUUUGGAAUCCCAUUAUAAUGAUCACUUCAAUCACUCAGGUGUACGUGUUACUCAGAGACUUGCUGGAUGUGAAUUGUUGAACAAUGAUAAACCUGGUCCACUUCAUAUGUGGGAUGGUUUUGGUGGACAAAACGCUGGGGAGUUCACCUUUGACAUUGAAAAAAAGGCAGUCCAGAAUAAACUGCUAUCAAAAACAUGGGACCAAGCAACACAGCUUCAUGUAAAGUUCAUGCAUCAAAAUGUUUAUCAUCCUAUUUGCAUUAAAACCUUGCGGAGGUUUCUGAACAAGGAAAAGAACAAUGUGAUGAGAAAAGUGAAACCCAGAGUCAGACUCAUGAAGAAGAUGCUCCCAGACUCUCAAGGGCUUCAGAUCAGCUGUCUGGCCACUGGUUUUUACCCCCGUCACAUUAACCUGACCCUGUUCAGAGACGGUCAGCCUGUGGAUGAUGAUCAGAUCACAGGAGGAGAGAUUCUGCCCAACGGAGAUGGAACUUACCAGAUGAGGAAGAGUUUGGUGAUCAGUAAAGAAAAGCUACGUCAAGAACAUAAAUACAACUGCACAAUGCAAUGCCUCAAUCUGGACAACAAACUGGACAUUACAUCUGAUGUGGAUGAAUCUGCUCCAGGAUCCUUCAGUCUGUCUGUAGCGAUCAGUGUGCUGGUGGUGUUCAUGUGUGGGGCCUUUCUCAUUAUAACUGCACUCAUCAUAUGGAAGAAGAGACGAGCUGCUGGACGAGGAUCUGAGACGACACAGAGUGAUUAUUCACUUGCUUCAUCUUCUGCCCCUGAUGAAAAGUGAAGCAAGUCAAGACAAUACAUAUGAAACGGCAUUUGAUUGGUGCAUUACACUUGAUGGAUUUAAUGACCAAGCGAAAUUAGAGAUAGAAAAUUAUAAAUGAAAGUAAUAUAGAUAUGCAACCAUAACAGAUAAUAUGCAGAAUGUAAAAAUAAGCUUGUGUGACCUGAAAUCAUAAUAUUGUUAAAGAACUUUGUUCUUAGAAUCAAAGGUUAUUUGUUAACUUAGUGUUGAUCCACUUAUUCAAGCAAUCAACAUGAUUAAGUACACUUUCAAAUUUAAAUUCACUCAACUGCAUAGUUUGUUAUAAAAAUUACCUAAAGUUCAAUAAACUUUAACACAAUGACAAAAGCUUUUUGUUAACUAAUCACCCUGCCAUAUCAGUGAGCACAUAUACACUUAAGUUAAACCUUCAUAUUUAUUACAACAUUACUGCCUGGUCUCAUUGUUAAUAUGUAGGUAUUUGUACGUAAUGUUUACAGGCACAAACCGUACAUUUGUGGAUUUUUUUAUUGAUUCUGAAUUGUACUAUUUGAAAAUUAAAAAAUUGCCAUGGAACUAGUUAAAGGGUUAGUUCACCCAAAAAUGAAAAUUAUGUCAUU